GCGCUGCGGGAGCGAAGGGGAGGACUGGAAGCCGCAGGAGAGGACUAUGGCAACGUGACUGAGAAGGGGAGCCUCCCGCAGCCCGGCGGAGCGGGGAGCGCCUCGCCCCACCGAACCCGCUGCUGCAGGCAGCGCCCCGGGUCUCCAGACCCCCAGCUCAACAUUCUCUACUUUGGAGGCUCCUUCUUUUCCAUUUGUCGAUAAAGAUGAGAAAAAAGUGGAUAUUGGAAGAUUUUCAUUUUAUUUUUUUUGGUGUGCUCUGUCUCCUUUUCGUAGAUGGAGGUAAACUAGAACAAGUAAAACAUUCAGAUACGUACUGUGUGUUUCAAGAUAAGAAAUAUCGUGUAGGAGAAAGAUGGCAUCCUUAUCUAGAACCCUAUGGCCUUGUUUACUGCGUUAAUUGUCUUUGCUCAGAGAAUGGAAAUGUACUGUGCAGCAGAAUAAGAUGCCCAAGUCUACACUGCCCUUCCCCUGUGCAUGUACCACAGCUGUGCUGCCCGCGAUGCCCAGAAGACUCCCUUUUCUCAGUAAGCAGCAAAGUCACCGGGAAAUCCUGUGAAUACAAUGGGACCACCUACCAUCAUGGAGAAAUGUUUGUGGCAGAGGGGCUUUUCCAAAACAGGCAAGCAAACCAGUGUGCCCAGUGCAGCUGCUCCGAAGGAAAUGUGUACUGUGGGUUGAAGACUUGUCCCAAAUUAACUUGCUCUUUCCCAGUUUCUGUUCCGGAGUCCUGCUGUCCGGUUUGCAGAGGAGAUGGAGAAUUAUCAUGGGAACAUUCCGAUGGAGAUAUCUUCCGGCAGCCAGCCAACAGGGAAGCUAGACACUCAUACCAUCGCUCCCACUAUGACUUGUCAGCCAGCUCUGCGAGGCAGGUAGUCAAUAUUCCACGAUUUCCCAAUGCCAGGAGUAACCGUGGACUCCUACCAGAUCCCCAGCAAGCUUCAGGAACAAUAGUACAAAUCGUCAUCAACAACAAGCACAAGCACGGACGAGUUUGUGUUUCAAAUGGCAAAACAUACUCACAUGGUGAAUCCUGGCAUCCUAAUCUCCGCGCCUUUGGAAUUGUAGAAUGUGUGUUGUGCACCUGCAACAUCACCAAACAAGAAUGUAAGAAAAUUCAUUGUCCAGAACAAUAUCCCUGCAAAUACCCUCAGAAAGUAGAAGGAAAAUGCUGUAAAGUCUGUCCAGAAGAAGUGCCAAGUCAAACCUUUGACAACAAAGACUAUUUCUGCGGGAAAGAGACAUUGCCCGUCUAUGAAUCCGUUUUCACAGAGGAAGGAGAAACCAUCAGAAAAAUUGCAGUGGAGACUGAAAAGCCCCCUCAAGUAGAAAUACAUGUGUGGACAAUAAGAAAAGGAAUUCUGCGUCACUUCUAUGUUGAAAAAGUGUCCAGGAGUGAAUUUGAAGAACUUCCUUACUUCAAGCAGAUAACAAGGACCACCCCUAGCCAGUGGAAAAUAUUUAGUGAGGGAGAAGCUCAAAUCAGCCAAAUGUGUGAAAGCAGAGUGUGCAGGACUGAGCUCGAGGAUUUGGUGAAGGUUUUGUACCUUGAAAAGUCUGAAAAGGGUCACUGUUAAGGGAGACAGCACUGAAGGAAGAAACACAUGAAAACUUGGAUCUGCAGCUGGACUGCAGGCUUAUUUUGCUUAAGUCAACAGUUGCCCUAAAAGCCAAAACUAUAAUGCAGUAACUAUUCACAUCAUGCACAGCAAAUUUGCUGCUUUAUGUCUAGUGGUCUGUGUCAACCAUUCAAGUGUCUCCUCCAAAAGACUAGGAGUCUCUGUAUUACCAGUCAAGGAAGGAGAAAAAGAGACCGUACUUUUUCCCAGAGUUGCAUUUCUCUACAAGUUAAACAGAAAAAAAGAAUUUUUUUUUUGAAAUUGUUAUUGUUUGGCAAGUUAUUGAAACUAAUGUAAAGAAGGACACCUAAUAAGCGUGCAGGAGCUAUGGAGAGCAUUAUUUCCUGUGCUGAAUUUAUACUAUUUCUGGUAUUGAAUUGACUCACAGGGGGUUUUUUUUCAGUAGUGGAGGAAGAAUACAAGUGAUGCAAUACUUGUGUGGGAGACACAAAAGCAGAUUUAAACUAACAGCCUCCUAAGCAGACUGCCUUUGGGAUGAUGGCUUGUAGUUGAGCAAACUCAGGCCUUAAACUGAAGAGCAGGUGUUAGUGGUAAUCACUAUAUUUUUGUAGCAAAAUGUUUGCUUUUAAGUGGUUUUCAUCAUUUCCUCCAUCCACUUCUCUAACUAAUGUGAAGGGUUAGCUCCCUAUCACAGCCCUAAUAGCUUCAUUCUUCUGGGUCCUAUUAACACGUGGUCUUGGCUGAUAAACUGCCUUCUAAAGCAGAAGGUGGUGAAGUACUUACAGUACUUUCAAAACACCUAGAGGGUUAAACCUCCUGAUUAAUAACUCCUAUAGAGUUGUGACAGCACUUAAUUUAUUUGUUAGGAUGUGUUACAAACCUGAUCUACAUUUUUCUGAUGGUGACCUCUCAAUUCUCACACUUUGAGGACAAACACCAGGACAAACACCAAACAGCUCCCACGGGCCUUCAGAACAGCAGCUCUGUGAAAACUGUUUUCUUUGAGUAAAUCAAAUUGGAGAGAUUCUGUUAAAUUCAGUAUAACAUGCCUACGGUGUCUUUAAGAAAGGUGGCUCUCAGCAGCAGAAGUAGUAUUGGUAUAACGUAAAAAAGGUUUUCUCUGAAGUGUCACCAAAACACUGCACUGCCUCAUGGCUGUGGCGUUGGAUUAAAUCCCAAAAACCAAGCUGGUUGGACUCGAUGAUCUAAGAGGUCUUUUCCAACCUAGUGAUUCUACCAUUCUAUGAUUCUAAGUGACUCUGCCUGCUUUGGCUCCCAUUUUCUACUCCAGAAGCAGGGCGGGAUAGUGCUGUUCAAACACGCUAGGAAACAAAGCUUUAUGGAAAUGGUGUGAGCCAGGGGCUGGCUCUCCACGGGGAGUGAAAUCAGCAGUGACAGCAAGGAUUUGGAGGUUUGCCAUUCUGCCAGUGACAGCACUCCGGCUUGUACUCGUUCCUAAAGGGACAGAGGUGUGGGAGAGCUCUGUGCUCAAUGCCAUAAGCCUGUUGCAGGCUGAGCUUCACCAUCCUAAGGGGAUCGUUGUCUGGAGCAGCAAGCCCUGGCAGCUCCCUCUGCAGUGCAGGUCUUGAAGCCGGGCUGUCCAGUGCCUGCGCUGCUGUGGCGUGCUGUCUGCUUCUCAACAGAGGGGAGCAAGCGAGGAGAACAGACAGGAACGUGGAGGAAAGACUGGAGGGAAUUAGGAUACACAAAGAGUGAUCUCAGGUCCUUAGCGAUCUUGCCUGUAUAUAACCACUCCAUUGUCCCUCGGCGAGGGCAGAGAGCAGAUAAUAUUUAGGAAUACUUGCCCUCCUCUGCUCCCCAAGCGCUCAACAAGGUUGACGGUAUAACAGUAAAACAUGCUAAAAAAGAAGGUCCUCCUGCAACCAUGCGGAUUUGUAAGAACAAAAUAACCUCACCUACUAUCAGUAAGAACCACAGGGGUCUCUUUCCAAGCCUUCACAGGCUGCAGGGAGAUCUUCCGUGGUGCCUCCAUGGCCACAGGGGAGUCUCUGCCCCAGGCGUGGAGCACUUUCUCCUCUCUCCUGCCUGGCCCUUGGGGUCACGGGGCCAUUUCUCACAUUUUGUCCCUCACCCCUGCCUGGCAGCACUUUGCGAUUUCCUAAACUGAGGCCCCGAGCCGUGGCUGCACCAGAAGUUGCUGCACUGCAGCCGUGGAAGCAGCUGCUUGGCAGAGAGCAUCGCCCACGGCACAUGGCAUGCAGAAGCCGUGAGACAUGCUGCAGAAGGGCAAAGUUUUCUAAUAGGUCAUGAUGUAACCUUAUCAUUCCUUUGGUGAAGGCAUGGUAAAAAAGAGGUUUUGAGGAACUGUAGUGAUCUAGUGGGGAGACCAGCAGUUCAUUUCUCACCUCACGGGCAUUGUCUGUUUGUAGCAGUAGCUGGUGAAAAAGACUGAGUGGAAAGUGUACAGUGUUUGUAAUGUGUUUUUUUAAAGACGAAGAAGGCAAUCUGCUUUUUGUAUUUGUGACAGGACAGGUGGAAUCCAGAUUGUGUAUUUAUUUUAAAAGAAACACUUCUUAAGAAAAGCAAAAAAAAAAAAAAAAAAUCACAAGCAUCAUUUAGUAAAAUGCAGUAUUGCGUUUUUCCAGUUUUUGGUCACUUUAAGACAACAAAAUACACAGUGUCAUGUUUUUCAUUCUCUUCAUGGGAUGUAAGUCUGUUACGGUACUUAUUUAUGUACUUGUUGUAUCACUCGGACCUGGUUUGAUAAAUUAAUAAACUCUGA